AUGGCACCCGCUCCUCGUCUUCGAGUUCCGCGCCCGCAGCCGGCAGAGGCGCCAAAAGAGACGGGGAUGACAUCCAUCAGCAAAGUCACAUCCACGCCGGGUAAGGCAGGACGCCCAGUUCUUCUCUCGUUCAAAGAAAUGCCGGAAUGGUACCGACGUGAAUCCAACCCGUGGAUCCUCCGUGGCUAUCGGCCUAUCUCAGGCUCGGUUCACGCAUCGUUCCGCAGCUGGUCGUACAUCCACAAUGAGUCGGUCAACAUCUAUUCCCACCUCGUCCCGGCCGUGGCCUUCCUGCUCGGCGAGUGGUAUCUUCAGCAGUACCUUGGCAGCAGAUACUCCGGAGUCACUGUCGCCGACUUGGUCGCUUUCUCCAUCUUCAUGUUGGCAGCCGUCACGUGCCUGUCGUUGUCGGCGAUGUACCACACCCUGAUGAACCACUCCCAACCUAUGGAACAUCUCUGUCUGCGACUGGACAUGCUGGGUGUAGUCAUCUUUAUACUGGGAGACCUUGUCUUGGGAAUAUACAUGGUUUUCUGGUGUGAAGUUUGGCCACGAAAUGUCUACUGGGUCAUGAUCGGAGUUUUUGGGUCAUUGACCAUCUUCAUGACAAUGCAUCCCAAGUACCAGGGUUCGAAACAUCGCCUCUUCCGAGCGUUGAUGUUUGUGGUGACUGGCUUGUGCGGUGUUGCGCCAUUGAUCCAUGGACUCAAUGUAUUCGGCAUGUCGCAGAUGAUGACAAAAGCUUUUCCCUACACUCUGGCAAAAGCAGGCUGCCUUCUAACUGGGACUUUAUUUUACGCAACUAGGUUUCCCGAGAGACGAUAUCCUGGUAAUUUCGACCUAUGGGGCUCCCACUCGAUCUUCCACGUCCUGGUGGUAUGCGCCGCUGUGGUCCAAUUAAUGGGGUAUCUGGAUGCCUUGGAUUAUGCUCACGCCAAUCUUACUUGCUCGUCUCAUUGA